AUGUUUCCUCCAGCAGAGGGCGUCGUAUUCUAGUAACUCCAGGCUACACUAAUGCGGUUUGCUAGUCGGAAGUACAGCUAAUUUCCACUGAAUCUCUGUGGCGUCUGGCACAUAUGGAUAGACGUGUGUGAUAAAAUGGAGACCAGCUAUUAUGCCGCAACCCAGGGUGAAGCUGGUGGUUACGGGAGAUGAUUUUGGCUACUGUCCCAGGAGGAACCAGGGAAUUGUGGACUGCUUCCAGGCUGGAGGCAUCUCCAACGUGUCACUGCUGGUUAAUGCCUCUGCUGCCAAAGAGGCAGCUGAUCUGGCUAAAAGACACAACAUCCCCAUCGGUCUCCAUGCCAACCUGUCAGAGGGCGUUCCAGUGUGUCCGAGCCUCCAGCAGGCCUCCACACUGAUUAACCAGCGGGGCUUCUUCCUUGGGAAGAUGGGCUUCCGUCAGGCCCUGGAGAGAGGGCAGCUCAGCAUGAAUCAGGUGGAUCUGGAGCUGAGGGCCCAGGUGAGGCUGUUCAGAGAACUGACAGGUCACCUGCCCCACCACAUGGACGGACACCAGCAUGUUCAUGUACUGCCAGAGGUGCGUGAGGUGUUUGCACAGGUCUUGUCAGACCUCAGGAUCCCAUACACUCGUGUUCCAGUGGAGCCAGGUUUACACAGCUGCCCGUGGUUGCCAGCACACAUCCAAAGAUUCUACACACAGGUGGAGAAGGAUGCUCUGGACUCCAUCUCAGUCUUCACACGCUAUGGAAUCAGGUGGCCAGACGUGUACCUGGGACUGACGACCAUGGGCCAGAACAUGUCCAUCCCCAACCUGCAGCGAGCCCUCAACCACGUUCUGGCUGCGGGGCCCUCAGGCACUACCUCCAGCAGCGCAUCAAGUUCCAAUCAACCUGUGGUCACCGCAGAGCUAAUGGUCCACCCAGGUUACCCCAGUCACACCCAGGAGGGAGGCUGUGGAGAGGGCCCUGAUGACUUCUCCCAGUCAGCUGACAGACAGCACGAGCUGAGCGUGCUCAGAGACCCGUCCCUGCAGGCCCUCUACAGCCAGGAAAGAGUGCAGCUCUGUGCCUUCAAAGACCUCUGACCACUGCACAAGCAUCUAUUUAUACUAAAGAGAACCAGCGUGGACCCAGGUUCCCAGGUUCUGUUCCAGUGGUUUAAAACAGCAUCAUUCAGAGUAAAACUAACUUUUACAAUAACACAACUAGCUCUAAAUCAGCAACAAUAACCCUGUAAUUAUAAUGAACCGUCUGUGAUGUGGGGGCUAGAUGUGUCUAACAGGAAAUGGUGAAUUUUAAACAACCAACAAUCUAAUAUGAACACCAUUUCCCAUAAGCCCAAAGCACAGGUUUAAGACAGUGUUCACUGCCAUGCUGGUUAAUUGUUACUAAUGAGUCAUUAACUUAGUUAAAAUCAUGAAGGACUGAAACCCAGGAACACAUUCUACCUUUUCACAAUAAAUCAUGAAGGAACCUUCAAUGACAGACUGAACUGAGUCACAGAGGGUCGACAGGAAGUAGCAUCAGGACUACAGAUCGGUAUAGACAGGAAUCAGUGGUCUCAGGAUUACAGCUCUCUGUAGACAGGAAGUAGCAUCAGGACUACAGCUCUCUGUGGAUAGGAAGUAGCAUCAGGACCACAGAUCUCUGUGGAUAAGAAGGAGCA